AGGAGAGACAGAGAGAGAAAACAGAGAGAAUAACAGAGCAGAGGAGGAGGGAGCGCUUGUUUUCCCUCCUCUCCCUCCGUCGAGCUUCAUAAACCUAUACCAGCCCUGUGAGGAGGAGGAGGAGGAGGAGAGGGGGCAGUCCUGUCCUUCGUCCAGCCUGGACCGUACAGAGACUUCAGUCUGCAGACGUUCACUUAGAGACCAGACACAGAGACCAGACGGAGACCAGCAGCAUGAACGACAUUAAACUGGCUCUGCUGGGGAGUCAAGGGGCUGGGAAAUCAGCUGUCCUCGUACGCUUCCUGACCAGACGCUUCAUCGGUGAAUAUGCCUCUAAUGCCAACUCUCUGUACCAUAAAAGGCUGUCGAUCGACGGCAGGCAGCUGAAUCUGGAGGUGUUUGACCCCUGCUCUCAGAGCUCAGAGGCCAGGUGUAUCCUGGAGGAGCCGGUGGACUGGGCAGACGGCUUCGUGGUGGUGUACAACAUCAGCGACCGCACUUCCUUCAUCAAUGCCAAGAACAUCCUGCAGCAGAUCAAAGAGGCGCGCAUGGACAACUGCAAAGGGGAGACGGAGGUUCCUGUGUGUCUGGUGGGAAACAAACAGGACCUGUGUCACGCCCGACAGGUCCGUGAGGACGAGGGCCGCAGCCUGGCUCAGGAGAACCGCUGUCACUUCCAGGAGGUGUCCGCUGCCGAGAGCUACCAGGACAUCGCCAACCUCUUCACCCAACUCAUCCGACAGGUGAUGGAGCACCUCAAGUACAGAGCGGACCGCCGGCGCUACAGCGGCUCCAAGUCCAUGGCCAAGCUCAUCAACAAUGUGUUUGGGAAGAGGAGGAAGUCUGUGUGAUGGUCCCAGUGAGGUCAGCUGGACGGACUGGGAUUACUGCAUCUGGAGCCCAGUUAAAGGAAACUGGUCCAGAGGUCUGAAACUGUUUUAGUUUGUCAGUCUGAACAGUGAUGUCACGUUCACACUGAGAGCAAAACAAGCGGACGGUGGGACGGAUCUGAUGGGGUCAAAAUUUACAGACAAAUAUUUGUCUUUUUCACAUCUUUGGUUUUUUGUUGCUCUGGUUUCACCCUCGACAUUUUUCUCUACUUUGAGUUUACAGAGAUAUUUAGAAAGGACUCAUGAUGUUGUGAUCAAAACAAAUCAGGUUAUUGUUGACGAGAGGGAGCGGUUCCCAGUCUGAGGGGCGGGACCCUAAGAAGAGGUCACAGCAGAACGCUCUCCGUUCUCAUCCCCAGAUGACCAAAUACCAACACUUUGAUAUCGACACCAAAGACACCCUUUAGCAUUUUUAUAAAACACAUGACUGACAUUUGAAAACUUUACGCUGAGAGCAAAUCCCAGCUGGCAUCAGACGUCACUAUGACGUCAGAAAGACGUUGGACUCUUUCGUUGGACAGAUGAUAAAAUUUGGUUGAAAUGUAAAUCAGGUUGAUGAUAUUUAAGUAAGAAUUUCACGUUAUGUGGAUGUUUGGUUUUGUUCUUCACACCUUACGACUAAAUGUCGUUCUUAUACGUCAAGAUGACGUCGGCAUGAGACGUUUGGAAGAUGCUGGAUUUUGGCUACGUUACAGCACAAAACAACAAAAUGUCAGCGUCAUCUGUUGUCAGUGUUCAUAUGAAUGUAUGUUCAUAUUGAUGUUGGCAUUAGUCGUCCUGACAUUGAACUUGACAUUACAACCUAAAGCUAACCACAUAUCAGCAUCUAACGAUGUUGGUGUCCAGCUGGGUGAUGACGUGUAAAGAGUGAGAAAGUCUGCGUCAGUGGACAGGUCAAACAAAACAAGACUUUCACCCAGGAGACCUCAGUUUGUGUCCCACAUGAAACUAAAAAUCAGUGUUGUUUUAACGUAUUGUUAUGUAACAAAUGUCCAUGUUUUAACCCAGAUGUGAUCUUUUAUGGUCUUUUUCCUAACCAAGUAGUUUUGUUGCCUCAGCGUCUCACAAAAUUAACCUCAUGUUACCAAGUGCUUCAGCUGUGCCUCACACAGAGAUGGCGUCCUGUGUGAUGUCAUGCAUGGUGUCCUCACACAGAGAAGCUGUCCUAUGUGAUGUCAUGCAUGGUGUCCUCACACAAAGAGGGUGUGAUGUCAUUCAUGGUGUCCUCACACAACACUUUAACUUUAACCAUAUUCUUUACUGAGAGCUCUGCUCAGGUUGAAGUUUGGUGGAGUGACGCUGGUAAUUACAUCGUGUCAUUAAAUUACAUGCACCAAUAAGAGAAAGAGAAAAAGUUGAAUCAAAGCUGUGAAGCUGGGAAGUGUCAGUUAACUCAAGUGUACCUCGGGUGUGUGUGGCCUUUAUAACACAUGCUACACUUUUUAAAUACAAGCAAAUAUUCUCAAAACUGUGGCCUAAAACUGUCAAAAUGAAAUCUCUAAAAAUAUCAGAAUAUCAGAUAUGAACCAUGUAACGUAUCAGUGCCAAAGAUGACAGUUGACACAGCUGAGCAGGAUAAGAAAUCUUACCGCUGAGGUCUGAAACAGUUUCUAUCUGACUGGUUCAUCGCUGUAGUUUUACACAUGAAACCUCAGACUGGUUUCAGACUGGUUUCAGACUGGGAAGUUGUGACUGGCUGUAAUCAGUUUCUCCUCUGUCCUUGAUGAUCAGAUAGUGACAUGUUUCCUUUAAUCUUCCCAGUCAGUGGUUUAAGUUAUUGGCCGUCAGUUUAUGUUCAUUUUGUGUUUUUUCGUUCAUCACCUAUUACCGUCAACAAACCAAGUGACUGGACGUUAAAUACAAGAGAAGUUUCCUUUCAGUCCGGAGCUGCGUUGACUCUGUGAGUCUUCAGCACCACAUUUCAAAGCUCUGUCCAUUUAGACGUACAGUAGAGACAUUUUACUGUUUUGUCUUUAUUUUACUUUCUGAUGCUUUUGCUGACAUACAGAUGGCGAGCUGCGUCAACAUGUGUAAACAUGGCGCCCACUGCCCAGCUAAUGUUAGCCGUGGACACUGUGCACUGCACCUGAGUCCAACACGUUCUCAUCAAAUACAGCCGCUUUGUCAGUGGGCACACAUGUCAAGAUAUAUGAGAUAUAAAAGAUGUGACCCACUGCGUCUUGUUUUGCCACAGUGUUUGUUUAUAUUCAGUUCCUGUUGAUUAUAAUCUGUCAUACUAUCUGUUAUAUGUUACUCAUGACUAAAUGCAUCAUUCACAUUAAUCUAUCUGAUCAUGUCUGUAAGCAUCUCAUCUGAUAUAUAUAUGUGUGUGUACAUAUUAAAUGUUACUGU